ACUGUGCGUCUGUAACUUGGCGUCGCACAGUAGGAGCAAACGUGUGUGUUUGUCUAGUCAUGGAUAUUCGACCGAAUCAUACAGUAUACAUCAACAACCUGAGUGAUAAAGUUAAAAAAGAUGAACUGAAGAGGUCUUUGUAUGCGCUGUUCUCACAAUUUGGCCAUGUCAUGGAUAUUGUGGCAUUAAAGACCAUGAAGAUGAGAGGACAAGCUUUUGUGAUAUUUAAGGAACUUGCCUCUGCUACAAAUGCUUUAAGGCAGUUACAAGGAUUCCCUUUUUAUAAUAAAGCAAUACGCCUUCAGUAUGCAAAAACAGACUCUGAUGUAAUUGCCAAGAUGCGUGGCACAUUCUCCGAUAAAGACAAGAAGAAAGAGAAGAAAAAGGCUAAAGCUCAAGAACAGGCAGCUAACGCAGCAAAUAAAAAGCCUGCGCAGGUAAGGCAGAAAUGGAACGUUCCGACCCAUUUUAGACCUCCAAAAGUGCCGGACAACCCACCCAAUUACAUUCUUUUCCUCAAUAACUUGCCAGAAGAGACCAAUGAGAUCAUGCUUUCUAUGUUAUUUAACCAGUUCCCUGGUUUCAAAGAAGUACGUUUGGUACCUGGUAGACAUGAUAUUGCCUUUGUAGAGUUUGAGGAUGAAACGCAGGCUGGAUCUGCACGUGAUGCACUUCAAGGAUUCAAGAUUACGCCAUCUCAUGCUAUGAAAAUUACUUAUGCUAAAAAAUAGACAUGGUCCAAAAAGACUUAUUUAUAUUUUUAUUCAGUUAGACAAUUUGAUAAGUGAUCUACAUGUUUUGGAAAGCAGAUUCAUGUCAUUUGUAUUCUAUAUUGAAUUUUAUUUUAAAGUACAUGUCCUAUUAUCUUGUAAUUCAUGUUUUACCUUUUUUGAAGUCUCAAGUCACUACUAAUACAAAUGUUUAUUCGUUUUUAAAGAAAAUGUGUUCAAAGGGUUUUGGUGGUUCUUGAAGAUUUUUGUUUUUUCUAUACCAGACAGGAUUUAUUGCUACAUAAUGUUUUAGUGUAAUACACAGUGCUGUGUAUAAUAGUGUCAUGGGUUAUUAGAAAUUUGCAAAUGUUUUAAUUACUGUAUAGAAGGGUGCAUUACAUCUACAUUUUUUGUGUAGUGUGGACAAGAUUUUUCAUUUUGCAAACGGGGAGAUACAAAAGGUGAAAUCUGAAUGUCCAUGUCAACUAUUUUAAUUAUCUGAGAGCAGAAAGAGAACAGGAUAUUCUCAAGGAAAAUUAAAUACUUUUUUUUUCUACCCCCCCCCCCCUUGUUUCAUCUAUAGUCUUCUUAUUUUUUGUUUGUACUUAAUAAAGAUGCUCUUUUUUCCCACUGUCAUUAUCA